GCGCACUGUCUAACUUUCAAAAUAUUAUCUGAUUAGAUGUCAUAGUUCUUUGGUCUAUUAUAGGAUUAUGAGUAUAUACACGAUCUUCUAUGCGCAAUUUGGUUCUUACAUUGUGAUUAAGUAACUAGUGCUUUUGGAACCUUAAGAUUUGAGUAAUAUUAUAAUUAUUUAAUGAUAUUACUGUUAAAACAAUAGAAGAACAAUGACAGUCUAUACAUUAAGCAAAUUAACAUCUUUAAUUCAAAAUACAAGAAAUCAAAGUAGGCCUUUCUUUUACUGGCUUACUGUUGUAUUUAAUAGAGUUGAUGCUGAUCGUAUAAAGGAAAUUGGUCCAGAUCGUGCUUGUGCAGAAUGGCUUUUAAAAAAUGGAGCAUCUGUCAAAUGGAAAGAUUUUUCUGAACCAUUAACUGAUUAUAACGCAUUACCAUCUAGUGGAAACUAUUACAUUGAAUCUAUUGAAGCAAAUGAUGCUGGAAUAUGUGAUGUAGGAUUUCCAUAUCUUGAAGGAUGCAAACACAUAAAAAAUAUAAAAUUGGAAAGCUGCAGAUACGUUGAUAAUAAAGCUAUACCCUAUCUAUCGCUUAUUCAAGAUUCUUUAACUAAUUUAGAAAUUAUAAAAUGUAAAAGCAUUGAUGAUGGUGGACUACGUCAAUUAAAAGUAUUGAAAAAUCUAAAACAAUUAAAAAUUCAAGGACUAUCACAUAUCACGGAUAAUACUGUUCAGAAAGAACUUACUAAAGCUUUGCCCAAUUGCAAAAUAGACUUUGAAUGAAUGACUUAUGUUUGAUUGUUAGCUAAAUUAUUUUUGAUAAAUGUGUUAAGAUUUGUGUGUAAAUAUAAUAGUAUAACAUAAUAAGUGAAAUAUAAAUAUGAAUGCAUACUGGUUCCUUUAAACAGA